UAACUUGCUCCCGUUUUUACUAAAGGUGCUACUGCAAAGCGAUUUACAAUCAGUUCAUAAUUAACGCUGCUCCACUCGACAUGGCUUUGAAAUUCUCUGCAAACUUAAAUUUUCUUUUUACUGAAACGACAACAUCCAUAUCGGAGAGAAUUCGAUUGGCUAGUCAAAAUGGAUUCAGGGCCGUAGAAAUCCCAUAUCCAGAAGGAGAGCUUAAGGAAGCCGCACAGGCUGUGAAUGAUACCGGAAUUAUAGUCAGUCUCAUAAACAUAGCAUUCGACAAAACAAAGGACGAGCUGAAAUUUGGGUCAACUAGUAUCCCUGGACAAGAAACGUUGUUUAACCAGCAGUUGGAUGAUACGAUUACAUUUGCAAAAACUGUUAAAUGCAAAAAAGUUCAUUUAAUGGCUGGCACCCGCAAUGGUAAAUCUGAAGCUGAUCAUUUGGCAACGUAUAUUUCAAAUUUAAAAAUUGCCUCAAGGAAGUUACAAUCUAACAACAUGUCUGGAGUAAUUGAACCUAUAAAUGGAUAUAUUAUUCCUUCAUAUUUUAUGAACUCGUAUAUUAAAGCAUCUGCGGUUUUGAAGGAAAUCAACGUUGAUAACAUCAAAUUAAUGGUUGACCUUUUCCACCUUCAACAUAUUGCCGGAAAUUUUACUAAGACCUUAGAGGAAAAUAAAAAUAUCAUUGGACAUUUUCAAAUUGCCCAAGUGCCUAACCGAAACGAGCCCGAUACUCCUGGAGAGCUUAAUUACGAUUAUAUCUUUAAAACGCUAGAAGCCAUUGGUCACCAAGAUUGGAUUGGAUGUGAAUACAAGCCUUUGACAACGACUGUUGAAGGAUUGAACUGGUUUUCAAAAUAUAAUCUUAAACUAUAACUAGUUAUAAAACUAUCCCAAUUUUUAUGUAAAUAAAAA